CGCUAAUCAGACCGCGAUUGCCCACCAGCCGAGUAUUUCAAAGUAUUUUUGCCAUUGUCUUGGGGGCACCUACACCCCGCCACCCCCUAGUUAGCCUACCAUAUAAUGUAUUUUGAAUUUCGUUUUCAUUUGCUUUUAUCGCACUGGCAAUACUGGCUGGGUGUGUGUGUUUGUGGGUGGUGGGGGGUAUGAUUAUGCAUAAAACAAACAACAAGUAGCUGCAGCAAAACAUAUAGCGGUAAACGAACUCACACUUAAGCGAAGUGUACGUAGGAAAACAAGUUUCGACGCCGCAAAAAUCGUUCAAUUGGCCGCCAUGGAGUUCAUUAGCCAGUUCGUGCGACUGGCGAGCAGACGCGCCACCGCAAUCAGUCCAAUCCUGCAGAGAAAUCGGAGCAGAAUCAUCCGAAAACAAUUUUUAACCGAUCGACAGGCAUACAGCACCAUGGACACCACAAUUCACUCCGCGGGCAUUGCCGAGAUCCAUCAGGUUCCGAUGAGCGUGAUCCAGAGACCCAUACCCUCCGUUCUGGACGAGAAGAAGGUGGAAUCCCUGAUGGAAACCAUUAAGGGCGAGACCAGCGAGGACGAGGUGCCCCCCAUCGAUCUGCUGUGGAUCUCGGGCAGCGAGGGAGGCGACUACUACUUUAGCUUCGGCGGAUGCCACCGGUUCGAGGCCUACAAGCGACUCCAACGGGAAUCGAUCAAGGCGAAGCUGGUGAGGUCCACUUUGGGAGACCUGUACCACUACAUGGGCUCCAGUGCGCCAAAGUACCUGGCCUGAUCCUCGUUUCAAGUCUAUCAGUGUUCUGUUUUGUCUAGCAAAUGCAUUUUUCGUUGAUUUAUUUUUGAUAAGACAGUCGUAUUUACUUAUCGCUGGAUAAAGUUCGAAUUUCACGGCCAAAGCUUUGUUGUACCUUUCGUUUUGUUGGCUCUUACUUUCUUUGUUCACAAUCAUUAAAUUUGCGUAUAUACUGAGCUAA